AUGGCACCAGAUAGCAAUGGAAAUGAAUUUGCGGGUUAUAACGGUGAUGGAUUGAAAGCAACUGAAUCAUUGAUUAGCACUCCUACAAGUCUAUUCCUCACAGCACAGGGAGAAAUUUAUUUUAUUGAACAAACAAUUCGAAUUAGAAAGAUAUCUGUGGAUGGUAUUUUGUCAACAGUGGCCGGUAGAUUUCAAUACGAUGGGUCAUCAAAAGCUCCUCAAUCAGCUGCUUCUACAUAUCUCAAUACCAUUAACUCCAUUUCCUUUGUUAAAAACAAAGACUCUAAAAGUGGAGGAGACAUUUGGAUUCAUUCAGUUGACUCGUUUUACAACUCCUAUUUGUUAAGCAAGGUUGACAUCAAGAACGGAUACCUUUCUCGCUUAUCGGGUUUCAGGAUCGAUGUGAAUGGAAUGAAUGCAAUUGAAGGUCUUUUGAAGAACGUCCUUGUCACUGGUUUGGUGUCUACAUGUGGAUUUUCGAAUGGAGACGUCAUUAUUGCAGCAAGACAAUACCACGUGCUGUACAAAUAUGUAGCCGCUACUGGAUUGGUUUCAAUUAUCGCAGGAACAUUUAGAAAGUCGAGCUCACCACCAACGGAAGGUCUUGCAUCUCAAUCUUUGCUUGUUUAUCCAAGAGUCCCAAUGUGUUUUGAUAAUGGAGAUAUACUCUUCAUCCAAGGAGUAUUUGGUCUGACAAGAAUUUCGAAAUAUGUAGCUGCCACUGAGAGCAUUGUAUUUUUGGCAAACGUUACAGCAACCGUGAAUGGAGCUGCCAUUUCGCCUUUCACAGGUGACUUGUAUUUUGUAGAACAAACAACAAGUACUGUGAAAAUGAAAAAUUUUACUAGUGGAGAAAUUUCUAUCAUUGCUGGUAACGAGUACUCUGGUUACAGUGGAGAAGAUGUAUUGGCAACAGAGGCGAGCCUUAGAAAUCCACAAUCGUUAGUAUUUCUAAAGAAUGGAGAUUUAGUGAUUUCCGAUUCUGGAAAUGGGUUGAUUCGUAAAGUAUCCAAAGAAACUAAACGAAUUGUAACCAUUGGAGGAAUGAUUCCAGGAUCAGAGACAUGCAACUAUAAUGGAGAUGGACGGUUAUCUACACAAACUUGUGCAGGACUUCCAACCACGAUCGUAUCUGGAGACAAUGGUGAACUGUAUUAUGCUGAUCAAACAUUUGGUCUCGUUCGAAAAAUGAUUCCAUUUUGUGAAGGAAACAGAACACUUGAUAAUGAAACCUUUUUAGAAUGUAUUUGUUUGAAUGGAUGGAGCGGAUCGAAUUGUGAAAUUCCAUCUUGCAAUGGAACUUGGGCCAACGAUAUUCGAGUAUGUUCUGGAAAUGGUCAAUGUAAAUCGUUGGAUUCGUGUCAAUGCCAAAAUGGAUUUGAAGGACCACUAUGUGAAAGAACAUCCCUUCGCCAAAAUACUGAUGCAAUUAUUAUUGGUGUGGUGGUUGGUGUUGGAGGUUGUCUCAUUCUUUCAGCACUUGUCAUUGUUGUGAUUGUCAUUGCAUCAUACUUGUCUUUACGAAGAGGAAAAAACAGCAAGAAUUCAGAAGUGAAUAUUGAAAAUGGAAAGAAGGGAAUUUCUCAUAUUUCUACAUUGAAUAGUGUCGAGUUGGAAACAAAUUUUUCCUCUUCAGACUUUCCUUCCGAUGCAAGUGUCUCAUUCACACCUCUCAUGACAGAGAAUGGUUCUGGAACUGUAUCAGCAGAGGCACGAGGACAAGCGAUAGAUCCAUUCUCUCGUUAUCAAAAUAUUGUGAAGAUUGGUCAAGGAGCAUUUGGUUCAGUUUUUAAAGCGAAUGAUACAAAAUAUGGAAACAAAGCGAAAGCUGUCAAAGUCAUGAAAUUUUCUUCGAUGAGUGAAUUGAAUAGUAUCAUGAAAGAAGGAAUUCAAUUGAUGAACAUUCGACAUGACAAUAUUUUGAAAGUGAAUGAUAUUUUCUUGUCCAAAGAUCAACUUUUGUGUCUCGAUAUGGAUUAUUAUGAGAAAGGAGACUUGAACAAAUUUACCACAUUAGCACCUGGUCAUGCAGUGGAAUGUAAUGAAAAGAUUGUGAAACAAGUGAUUUAUCAAAUUUGUACUGCAUUGGUCUAUGUUCAUGGAACAUUGAACAUUAUUCACAGAGAUAUCAAACCUUCAAAUAUUUUCAUUCAGAGUUUUGAUGAAAAGAAACAACAGAUUCGUGUUGUUUUAGCUGAUUUUGGUCUCGCAAAAGGAAAUCAAGGAUCUGAAGCACAAAGUUAUGCAGGUACUCCGUUAUAUAUGAGCCCUGAAAUUGGAUUGGGAAGCAAAUAUUAUGCAAAUACGGAUGUGUAUUCAUUGGGUGUGACUGUUUAUCAAAUGAUGACCAAAGAUACAGCCACUUCCAUCAGUCACUUAUUAUUAACCAAAGAACCCUCAGUUUCCAAACAAAUAUUGAAAAACAAAAUACUGGAAAAUGAUUAUUCAGAAGAACUGGCCAAUAUUGUACUCCAAAUGUUGGAGAAGGAAAGUGUGACGAGACCCAAUGCUCAAGAUAUCUUGUCGUUACCUUAUUUUAACAAAUGA